AUGGUGGACAAGAGGCAAUUGUGGGAAGAAUGGGAGUGGGAAUCCCACUGUGGGAUGGAGAUGUCCAAUGCAACUGCAACCAGAUGUUGCAUUAAUGUGAUCACAAGCCUAUACGGGUGUCGUUUUCGGUGGCCCUUCUUUAUUACACGGUACAAACUUCUUUGCCAUGUUCUUGAAGCUGCCACUUUCACAAAAGCAAUACGCCUAGGUCAUUUGCAUGAAAUUGUCCUUUCUGCGUCUCCAAUUUUCCAAGUUAUAGCUAGAGGCCGGUAG